GAACAAAGAAGCUGUUUGACUGUCAAGGUGUUGAACAGCGGUCCCCUCUGCUUCCAGACCUCCCUUCUUCAGUUAAUAUGCCUUUUUUAGGCAAAGACUGGAGGUCGCCUGGAUGGAGGUGGACGAAGACGGAGCAUGGCUGGAAGAGGCUUGUUUUCUUCGGACACGAGUUGGAGGACAACAACAAAGAGAUGGACUUGAAAGAAUUCUGCAGUAACGACAAUGAGGAUCUGUUCGUCGGAGAAGUUUGUGAACUCGCCAACACCAAGAGGAAAAAGGACUUCUACAAUAACAAUACCAAAUCCCAAUUUGUUUUCAGAGAUAAAUGGAUCUACGUACAGAAAGGGAGCACAAAAGAACGGCACGGGUACUGCACGCUCGGAGAAGCUCUCAACCGACUGGACUUUUCCAGCGCCAUUCAAGACUUGAGAAGAUUCAACUACGUUGCAAAGCUCUUUCAGCUAAUAGCCAGGUCCCAGCUGACAUCUUUGAGUGGUGCUGCCCAGAAAAACUAUUUCAAUAUUCUGGAGAAGAUCGUACGAAAAGUCUUAGAGGACCAGUACAAUCCACGUCUCGUUAAGGAGCUUCUGCAGGACUUGAGCUCCACGCUCCACAGUCUGACCAUCCAUGUUGGCAGGUGUGUCCUUGUGGGCAACGUGAACAUCUGGCUGUGCCGCUUGGAGACUAUUGUGAAAUGGCAGCAGGAGCUCAACAACAUGCAGAUCCCCAAGCAAAUGUGCACRGGUAUUUCGUUCAGCGACUUGCCACUACACAUGCAGAGCAAAAUCCUCUGCAAGUUAUCGGACGGCUGCGACAUCAUCAACCUGGGACAGGCCACGCCCACGCUGCACAUCCUCAGCGAGAACAGGAYGCUGUGGAAGAAGCUGUGCCACUUUCACUUUUCAGACAAACCGUUCUGCAGGAAUCUGGUUCUUGCGAAGAACGACAAUGUGGACUGGAAGCUGAUGUAUUUCACCCUGCAGAAGCACUACCCCAUGAAGGAGCAGUACGGCGACACGUUGCACUUUUGCAAACACUGUAGCAUCCUCUUCUGGAAGGAUCGCCAUGUGGCUUUGUUACUCAAGGACUUUGGCCACCCRUGCACAGCCAACGAUCCAGACAGCUGCCUGAUGCCCAUUUCUCCGCAGCACUUUAUCGACCUCUUCAAAUUUUAAAUCCUCCGUGACGGCGUCGAAUCCAACCGUCUGUUUACUCUCAAUCCUACGCCAAGCCUGUGGACUGUGUUUGACUCCAAUAAUAAGGGCUUCAAUUGGACAAAGUGUUUGCUCUUUUUCCACARAACAAAAUGUUGGUAAUCAUAAAAAGGAACUUCUGUUUUUUCUGCACUAACGUUUGUCUUUAAGACAGAAAAAAAACAACUUCUCCCUAGAAAGGGAAUAUGUAAGUGUGCAAUAUAAAUAUAUUGAAAGGAUUUAAUGUUUAAACAUGUUUUUGCACGUUCAGGUGGUUAUAUGUAAUAAAGUUAUAAGAAAUAGAAAUGAACGUUAACACAAAACAAAGGAUUUGUUAAAUAUUUAUUGAAAAGUUAAUCUGGAUUAUGAUCCGUUUGGUUUUGGUGGCAUUUUUCUGCUUGUUUGUCAUGUUUUCCUCUGUUUACAAACUAAUUGUCGUCCUUCGUCAGUUCCUGUUGUGCUGUGCGUACGUCGAUUAUGUCGGCACUAAACAAAAUUAGCAUUGAGCACUGUUAGCUGUACAAGUUUUUCUACUUUUGUCAGAAGUGUAAAGUAACAAAAAAAGGAAAUGUUAAUGAUUAAGUCAGAAAAUAUUUUGUAACCCUCUUCCAACUUUUGUAAUAUCCCUUUACUGGUUCAUGCUCUGGAUGGUACUAUUGUAACUUUUAUUGGGAAAAAAAUAGCUAUGAAAUAAAUACUUAAAACUAUU